AUGGUUUCACGGGACGAAUUUUGGAUAUUCUGCAUUGCCGAUCCGGUGGACCCAGAAUUACCGACCAAGUCGGAGACCGUUCUGGAUCGACGAACUAAAGGGCAUCGAGGGCUUGCCGGGAAUGCGCCGAUGCGUCCAUCGUUGGCGUAUCGGGCCCAAUUGGUGAGAACGUCGACCGCUAAACUGAGUACCCAUCAUCGCAGGGCUCAUCACAGCGGAGAUCUAACCAAGAAAGGUCCGCCACCUAGUGGAACUCGACUUUUAGGAAAAGCGCUCCGAAGUUUCUGCGCUCAAGGUCCACUACCUGCAGGAACUCGACUUCCGGGACAAAGGCUCCGUGGUUCCUGCGCUCCAGGUCGCUACCUGGUGAAACUCGACUUCCAGAACAUGCGCUCCGUAGAUCUGGCUGUCCAGUAUUCGAGGUAUGACCCCGGGUGGUUAGCGGUCGCUGCGGGUGAUCGAGGUAGACGAGGAGGAGGAGGACGUGGAAGACGAGGCGAGCAAAGUGGACGAAGAGGACGAGGAUUUGUGCUCGGUAUAACCCGAGGUGAUUAGCAGUAGUCGUUGGAGGUGGAUGCAUAUAUACACAUAUUUAAACC